AUGAAUCACAACAACGAGUCCGAGUCCGAGGCGGCACAGUGGAUCUCGAACUUCACUCGGUACACCGUUGGAUGCGGAUGGGGCCGAUGGGCCCGGGGUUUAACGUCCCUUGGAAUCAGCGAUGGGGAUGAUGGCCGGAGCGCAGGGGGUGGGAACCGGGGGGGGAUGUCGUGGGGUAUGCCGGGCGGCGGACAGGGCAACGGCGGGGAGGGGUAUGCCCCCGAUGCAGCAGCAGAUGAUGCAUCAGAUGAUGGGGAUGAUGCCUCUUUGGCAGGGAGGGAUGCAUCCCGGGAUGCAGGGGUCACCGGAGGGGGGGGGGACACGGUCUAUGGUCCCUCUCUGGAUUUUUUUACGGCUUCGUCUCACACGUCGACCUAG